CAGGUCGAUUGUGGAUGUAUCUACUUCUAAUCCACUCCCAACAACAACAACAACAAUAAUAAUAAUGAUGAUAAUAAUAUUAAUAACUGAAUAUGUUGCUGGCUGCACGAGCCGUCACAGUGGCAACCACAAACUUGUUGUGAUUACAUAACCCGCCGUGUGCACGCGACGGGUAACCAGCGCAGUAAUCCCACAAUGCAGAGCGCAUGGCGCGUCAUUGGAGAGGGACGAUGAUGGCGGCGGUCGGUGCACCAGAAGUGAUCACACAGCUGGAAAGCGCUGCCAAAGUUUUAAUGGCACCGCCGUCUAUGGUCAGCACAGAGCAGAGACAGCAUGCUGAACAUGUAUUCCUCUCCUUCAGGAAGUCAAAGUCCCCCUUUGCCAUUUGCAAGCACAUCUUGGAGACCAGUAAGGUGGACUAUGUGCUUUUCCAGGCAGCCACAGCCAUCAUGGAGGCUGUCGUGCGGGAGUGGAUCCUGCUGGAAAAGACCAGCAUUGAGUCACUCCGGGCAUUCCUUCUCACCUACGUUUUGCAGAGACCCAACCUGCAGAAGUAUGUGCGUGAGCAGAUCCUGCUAGCUGUGGCGGUCAUCGUGAAGAGAGGCUCGCUGGACAAAAGCAUCAACUGUAAAAGCAUCUUACUCGAGGUCGGACAGCUCAUCAGCAGCGGGAACCCCGCAGUGCAAACGCUGGCCUGCUCUAUCCUGACCGCUCUGCUCAGUGAGUUCUCCAGCUCCAGUAAGACCAGCAGCAUCGGCCUCAGCAUGGAGUUCCACGGUAACUGCAAGCGACUGUUCCAGGAGGAUGGCCUCCGCCAGAUCUUCAUGAUGACCAUGGAGGUACUGCAGGAGUUCAGCCGCCGAGAAAACCUCAAUGCCCAGAUGUCUUCGGUCUUCCAGCGCUACUUGGCUUUGGCCAAUCACGUCCUCAGCUGGAACUUCCUGCCUCCCAAUUUGGGGCGCCACUACAUCGCCAUGUUCGAGGCCACGCAGAACGUCACGCUUAAGCCCACAGAGUCCUGGAGAGAAGCGCUAUUGGACACACGCGUCAUGGACCUCUUCUUCACUGUACACAGGAAGAUUCGAGAGGACUCUGACAUGGCCCAGGAUUCCCUUCAGUGCCUGGCCCAGCUGGCCUCCAUGCACGGGCCUGUAUUCCCAGAUGAGAACGCCCAGAUCUCUUACCUGGCCCACCUGAUGGAGGGGCUGCUCAGUAUGAUCAAUGGGAUUGAGAUCGAGGACUCGGAGGCGGUCGGCAUCUCUAAUAUCAUCUCCAAUCUGAUCACCAUGUUCCCACGGAGUAUUUUAACGGCACUGCCCAGCGACCUCUUUACCUCCUUCAUCAACUGCCUCACGCUGCUCACCUGCUCGUUUGGACGCAGCGCCGCCCUGGAGGAAGUGCUGGAUAAGGACGACAUGGUUUACAUGGAGGCCUAUGACAAGCUGCUGGAGUCAUGGCUAACGCUCGUGCAGGACGAGGAGCAUUUCCCUCGCGGCUGCUUCGUGCAGCCAGCCAUCCAAGUGUUCAACUCAUACAUCCAGUGUCACUUGGCAGCUCCCGACGGCACACGCAACCUGUCGGUGAACGGGAUUUCCUCUCACGAUGAGGAAGAGAUCAACGAGCUGCAGGAAGACGACAGAGAACUGUUCUCAGACCAGCUGUCCAGCAUUGGCAUGUUGGGACGUGUGGCAGCUGACCACUGUAUCCCUCUGCUCACAAGCCUGCUGGAGGACCGAGUAACACGACUGCACGGCCAGCUGCAGAGGACCCAGCAGCACCUUAUGGCCUCGUCUGACCUCGGAUCAGUGGACCGUAAAGUCCUGGAUGACUUAUAUGAGGACAUUCACUGGCUCAUACUGGUCUCAGGUUAUCUACUAGCAGACGAUCCUCAGGGUGAAACCCCGCUGAUCCCCUCAGAGGUGAUGGAGUUCUCCAUCAAGCACUCAACAGAGGUGGAUAUCAAUACAACGCUGCAGAUCCUCGGAUCACCGGGAGAAAAGGCCUCGUCCAUACCGGGCUGCAACCGCACAGACUCGGUGAUCAGGUUGCUGUCAGCGGUGUUGAGGACGUCAGAAGUGGAGUCCAGGGCAACCAGAGCGAAUCUGACGGAGCUUUUGAGCCCGCAAAUGGGGAAGGACAUUGUGUGGUUCCUCAGACGAUGGGCUAAGACGUAUUUGCUCGUGGACGAGAAGCUCUAUGGGCAGAUCAGCAUCCCCCUCAGCACAGCGUUUGGUGCCGACACAGAGGGGGCCCAGUGGAUUGUGGGAUAUCUCCUGGAAAAGGUGAUCAACAACCUGACCGUGUGGAGCUCAGAGGCUGAGCUAGCCUACGACACCGUGGAGCUGCUGGUGACGCUGGUAGAGAAGCGGGAGAGGGCAAACAUCGUGGUGCAGUGUGAGAGCUGGUGGAACCUGGCGAAGCAGUUUGCCAGCCGCAGCCCACCUCUCCACUUGUUGUCCAGCUCCGUGCAGAGGACUCUGAUGAAGGCUCUGGUCCUGGGAGGCUUCGCACAAAUGGACUCUGAUGCCAAGCAGCAGUACUGGGCUGAGGUGCUUCACCCGCUCCAGCAGCGUUUUCUUAACCUCAUCAACCAAGAAAACUUUGCUCAGAUCAGCCAAGAAGAAGCUGUCAAACAGGAAAUCGUCGCUACGUUGGAGGCGCUGUGUGGCAUCGCAGAGGCGACGCAGAUCGACAACGUGGCCUCGCUCUUCUCUUUCCUCAUGGACUUCCUGUCCAGCUGCAUUGGCCUCAUGGAGGUUUACAGUAACACACCGGAAACAAUCAACCUCAUCAUUGAGGUUUUUGUGGAAGUGGCUCAUAAACAGAUCUGUUACCUGGGAGAGACCAAGUCCAUGAAGCUGUACGAGGCGUGCCUAACGCUGCUGCAGGUCUACUCCAAAAACAACCAGAGCAGGAAGCGAAGCGAUGCCACAGCCGAGGAGGACCAGUACCAGGACCUGCUGCUCAUCAUGGAGCUGCUCACAAACCUGCUCUCCAAAGAGUUCAUCGACUUCAGCGACACAGAUGAUGUGUUUCGAAAUCAAGACCAGGGAACACCAGCAUCCAAUCGAACAGUAUCCGCUGCAGAUGUCGUUCUCUAUGGUGUCAAUAUAGUUCUUCCACUCAUGUCUCAGGACCUGCUCAAGUUCCCCUCUUUGUGUAACCAGUACUACAAACUCAUCACCUUCAUCUGUGAGAUCUUUCCAGAAAAGAUCCCACAGCUGCCGGAAGACCUCUUCAAGAGCCUCAUGUUCUCCCUGGAGCUGGGAAUGACCUCGAUGAGUUCUGAAAUCAGCCAGCUGUGUUUGGAGGCUUUGUCUCCUCUGGCUGAACAGUGCGCUAAAAACCAGGAGAAGGACUCUCCUCUCUUUAUCGCCACUCGUCAUUUCCUCAAGUUGGUGUUUGACAUGCUGGUCCUGCAAAAACACAACACAGAGAUGACCGUGGCGGCAGGAGAAGCCCUCUACACACUCGUGUGCCUGCACCAGGCGGAGUACUCGGAGCUGGUUGAGACUCUGCUGUCCUCUCAGAGAGACGCCAUAAUCUACCAGCGGUUAGCCGACGCCUUCAACAAGCUGACAGCCAGCAGCACGCCACCCACCAUGGACCGCAAGCAGAAGGUUGCCUUCCUCAAAAGCCUGGAGGAGUUUGUUGCCAACGUCGGCGGCCUGCUCUGCGUGAAAUAACCACUGGAAAACCAAACCGGCCUCUAAUCAUCAUCGUUCUGAAAAGCAACCAAUCAAAGACGCCCCCUGCUUCAUCCCUGAGAACUAUGGGUAGAAGGGACGGCUGAAAGCCUCGGAGGACCUCUCUGGCAGCUGGGGCGGGUUGAUCUCAUGCCUGAAUGUUUACCCUGUUUUCACCUCCUUGGAUGUCUUUUUUUCCCCUUUUCCUUUCCUACUGUUACACCUGCCUGCCCAGCACGAUCAGCAGACGCGAUGAAGAGGAGGAGGAGCUAAUUGUGGAGACUAAACUGCUGAGCAGAUGGACUCAGAGGUUCAUGUUAGACUGAAGCAACUGAGCACGGACUGUCAAGCAGCACCUGAUGAUCGCUGUUGUCCUCCCUUUCCACCUCCUGCUCCUCCUCCCCCUCCUCAUGUGCCUGGAACUUUCUGGAGCACACACACACACAGGAACAUACAGAGCGACACUAAGGGCAAAACAAGUUGCCGUUCUUCAGGUUUUGUAUGCAGUUUAAACGCAUUAGAGGGGCCAACCCACCCUAGUUUAAAUACUCAGACACACACACUCACACGUCACCUCAAUCCUUCCCAGAGUGCCUUUGUUCUGUCGAUUGUUCUGUGUGUGUGUGUGUGUGUGUGUGUGUGUGUGUGUGUGUGUGUGUUAUAAGGAGAGAGAAUCAUGCCAUACGAAAAAUGACAACCAGUAAGGACCGUGCCUGCCAAAAACCUAAGACAUACAAAGCAUGAGGUGUGGCCGGCUGUCUUUGAGGCUGCUGAUGCACUCAGCACAGGAGGACAUUUGUUUGUUGGGAACGUCACAAAACCAAACUGAGAUUGUGUUUGACUAAAGGGUGUAAAUAUCUAUAAAUAUAUAAUGUUUUCAAGGCUGAUGCCCUUCAGAAAUGUACGUUAUGGGGAUUAAAGAUGACUGAAAUGUUUUUAUACACCAGUAAAAGGCAGGCAGAGAUGUACGAGUUCAACAAUGUAUGAAUUCGGCUAAAGAAUGAGCAAUUUUCUCGCUGUUGACCUUUGCUGUUUGAUAUAGUUUUUUUUGUUUUUUUUCCCUUCCUAUUUGGAUUGUAGUUUAUAUUGUGGCCCCCUGCCUCUGGACACAUGAAGGCCAGAGACAGAUGGCGCCUUGAAAGUUUAGCAGGAUGAUUUUAUUAGUAUUUUUCUACAGCAGCACCUCCACCCGAUCACUCUUCAACACACACACACUGGAUAUUACAGAGACUGUUUGAGUUGAAGGACAGCAAUAACAAACCAAAUAAAAAGGAUCAGAGCCACUUGCUGAAGCAUGAUGUUGGAGACAGAACCCUCCUCGUUCAGAGUCCUAUCCCUGUUAUUGUAGAUGGCUGUUUUGUUAAUGAAGUGUAAAGUGUACAUAAACGUAUUGUAUAAAA